AUGUUACUGUAUGUUUUCAUUCUAUUGAUCGGGAGUUUAGCUGCUAGAAAUGCUCAUUUUGGUCAACCUUGUCAAUUGUGUCGUUGCUUUGUUGAGUAUACGGAUAGAGAUAUGAGAAUACCGAUGAGACCGUAUGCAAUGGCAUUCAAUGGAUAUGAGAGUACGGAGGAUCGAUGUUUGGCCACAUGCUUGAUUGAUCGGCGUUGCAAAGCUGUUGUCUAUGGAAUGAGUGGUGGAAGACAAGUGUUCACUUGUGAACUUUACGAGGAAAUCGAUACCCGAUCGAGUCCAAUCUAUUCACCAUUUAUCAACAUUUACAUUCCAAGAGGGAAAUGUCCAGUUAAAAUCCCGAUCCAAGCCAUUCGGAUGAUUCCGGCUGAUGAUUCGUCAUUGAAAAGAAGAGUGAAAAUGGAGAAAAGAGCGCACAGAAAGAAUCCAUUCUUUGGA